UAUUUUUGGAUUUGCCAGCAGAAUCAUCUGAAGAAUUUACAACUAGAGGCGCCUUAAUCACGGUAGUUGCACAUCGCACUGCAAAGAUACGAGGCUAGAACUAGUCGCUGCAUGACAAUCUCAGAUACAUUAGCCACAGAUCUCUACAAUGACUACCGCCACAGACACCUUCACGCCCGCCCUGAUAGUCGUUGACUUGCAGGAAGACUUUUGCCCACCGAACGGCUCUCUCGCCGUCCCCGACGGUCGCGCCGUUGCCCCCGUAAUCAACAAGCUGCUCACCUCGACAGCCUUCGUCACCCGUGUCGCGACCAAGGACUGGCAUCCGCAGUCGCACGUGUCAUUUGCCGCGAACCAUGUCUCCAAGGAGCCUUUUAUUGACUUUGUCACCAUCACCAACCCGCUAAAUGGGUCAGAGAGCUACGAGACGCGACUAUGGCCGGUGCACUGCGUCCAGGACACACCCGGCGCGGCCUUGAUCCCAGAGCUAGACCUCGGCAGAAUCGACGAGGUGCUCGAGAAGGGGAUCAGGUCCGACGUGGAAAUGUACAGCGCCUUCUACCCGCCGCUCAAGGACCCCCGCGUCGGCGACUCUGGGCUUGCUGGAUUGCUGAGGGAGAAGGGCAUCAGUCACGUCUACGUGGUGGGACUGGCGGCCGACUACUGCGUCAGGAGCACGGCUCUGGAUGCGGCGGCUGAGGGCUUUGUCACGGUGAUCGUGGAGGAGGGCACUAAACCUGUUGACCCAGCGGCCUGGCCGACCGUGAGACAGGAGAUAAUAGCCAGCGGGGUUGGUAUCGUUGACAUGGACUCAGAGGAAGUCAAGAAGCUGUUUACGUGAGGAUGGCAGUAUUGUUGUGUUACCUACCUUACCUUGUUGAGCUUUGUCAGCCAACAUCCAAUGAUUUGAACUUUGCCAUUUAACUACCGGGUCUUCCCAGAGGGCCUUUCGGGGGCCUUCAAUCAAUUGUCAGUCACUGCAGGGAGCUCAAGUGACAUUAUCCCUUUGCU